UCAAAGGAAUAUUUCAUUAUUUUAACCCCCUUUUCCACGCCCUUGCCAUCACCUGUUGUUGUUUUGUUUUGCGGUGCAAGUUGUUAUCAAACCGCAAACAGAUAACAUUAAUUGUAGCAAUAUGAGCAGGGCAAGCAACAUCAUGCGUCUGGUGCUGCUGCAACUGAGGGGUUCCAAGGACAAGGUGGCCAAUGUCCAAAAUGCAGCUUGCAAGAUUGAGGCGGCGGUCAAGGAGCACCAGCCGCGAUUGAUUACCCUGCCGGAGUGCUUCAAUGCUCCCUACGGCACCAAGUACUUCCGGGAGUACUCGGAGACCAUUCCCGAUGGCUACACCUCGCAGCAGCUCUCGAGUCUGGCCAAGAAACAUCAGGUCUACAUCGUGGGAGGAACGAUUCCUGAACUGGGUGAGAACGAUGCCAUCUACAAUACGUGCACCGUGUGGUCGCCCACCGGCGACCUGGUGGCCAAGCACCGCAAGAUGCAUCUGUUCGACAUCGAUGUCAAGGGCGGCAUUCGAUUCAAGGAAUCGGAGACUCUGUCGGCUGGAAAUGACUUCACCACCAUCGAUGUGGAUGGGCACAAGAUUGGCAUCGGCAUCUGCUACGACAUUCGCUUUGAGGAGAUGGCUCGCCUUUAUCGCAAUGCGGGCUGCGAGAUGAUCAUCUAUCCGGCUGCCUUCAACAUGACGACGGGUCCUCUUCACUGGGAACUGCUGCAGCGAGCUCGGGCCAACGACAAUCAGCUGUUUGUGGUUACCACAUCGCCAGCCAGGGACACUAGUGCCGAGUAUGUGGCCUAUGGCCAUUCCAUGGUGGUGGAUCCCUGGGCCAAGGUGCAGCAAAGUGCCAGCGAUGGCGAGGAGACUGUGGUGGCAGACAUUGAUUUCUCUUUGGUGGAGCAAGUGCGUCAGCAGAUACCAGUCUUUGGUCAGCGUCGUUUGGAUCUGUAUGCCACCGAAAAAAAGUCCAAGUAGAGGGAUUUAAAAAGGGAUCAGAAAACUCAAAGUAGAUGCCUGCAUUUAUCAUUGUUGAUUGUUUAUAAAAUUUAUUAGACCUAAACACA